AUGGCCGCCAAAGACGCCAUCACCUGCCACGUCCUCGACACCGCGGCCGGCCGGCCCGCCAAGUCGAUCCGCGUGCGUCUCGAGGGUCCCCGCGGCUCGCAGCCCGCAAAGGAGUUCGAGUCCAUCACCGACGACGACGGCCGCAUCAAGGUCUGGCUGCCGUACAGCUCGGCCACCGCCUCGGGCGAGGUCCCCGUCUACACGCUCGACGACGUCCUCGGCCAGGCGGAGGCGUCGUCGACCUGGACGCUGCGCUUCGACAUCGAGGGGUACUACGGCGAGGGCAAGACCUUCUUCCCCGAGGCCGUCGUCGUGUUUCGCGUCCAGAAGGGUCAGCACUACCAUGUGCCGCUGUUGUUGAGCCCCUACAGCUACACGACGUACCGGGGGAGCUAG